AUGGAGAACGGCGCUAUCUCUCAGGGUGAGGGAAAAGACCCUUCAAGCUUCCUGAGUGACAUCAUCGGCAACCCUGUUACUGUCAAGCUCAACUCUGGCGUUGUCUACAAGGGCGAACUUCAAUCUGUGGAUGGCUACAUGAACAUUGCCCUGGAAAAGACAGCCGAGUAUGUCAAUGGCCAGAAGCGUAGGGAAUACGGUGACGCUUUUGUGAGAGGAAACAAUGUCAUGUAUAUUUCGGCAGACUCAUGA